AUGUCCCAGGAAUUUAUUGAGGAUCAAUCCAACCUCAACUCCUCCGAGGAAAGUGGACCUUACGAUGAAUGGAUUCCAUCGUUUUGUUCAAGAUUUGGUCACGAAUAUUUCUGUCAGGUACCUACAGACUUUAUCGAGGAUGAUUUCAACAUGACUUCAUUAUCUCAGGAGGUGCCUCACUACCGCAAGGCACUUGAUUUGAUAUUGGACCUUGAAGCUAUGAGUGACGAAGAAGAUGAAGAUGAAGAUCAUGAUAUGGGUACUCAGGACGGCACUGAUUCUAAGCCACAAUUAGUCAAUAGAAGUAUAGCAGAGCACUCUGCGGAACAAUUAUAUGGAUUGAUUCAUGCAAGAUAUAUACUGACCAAACCUGGUCUACAAGCCAUGGCAGAAAAGUUUGAUCGUAAGCAGUUCGGCACAUGUCCAAGAUACUACUGCGGGGGGAUGCAACUGCUUCCAUGCGGUUUAAGCGAUACAAUAGGGAAGCAUACCGUGAGACUAUAUUGUCCAAGCUGUCAAGAUAUAUAUUUGCCACAGUCGUCACGCCAUCUAUGCCUCGAAGGAGCAUUUUGGGGGACUAGUUUUCCUGGUGUAUUCUUGAAGCAUUUCAAGGAAUUGGAAGAAUAUGUAGAGAGAAAGACGAAAGAAGCUUACCAACUGAAGGUGUUUGGCUUCAGAAUAAAUAAUGAGGCUGUAUCAGGACCAAGAAUGAAGUGGCUAAGGCAGUAUCCAACUACCGAAGAACAAUGGGAGGAAUUCGCUAGAUGUGAAUUUGAAAUACCUUCCUUACCAGAUGUCAGUGCAUGA